AGUAUAGUGAUGCGCCCAGCUAAUGCGACAGCAAUUUUACAACAGAGCUGUGAAUAUUCUUUACAUCUAACAAAAUGCGACAGUUCUCAGUAAAUGCUCAAUGCUGAAAAGAUCAACUGAAACUACAAAGAUUCCCCACAACUUUACCAUUUUUAGUUAAUCUAAUAUCCAUUUCACAUGGCAUCGGCAUCGGUUGGCUAUCGCCCAAACUGCGCAAGGAAGAAUCUCACGAUUGGCAACUCGACUUUUCGCUAAGCAUCUCGGAAAUCUCAUGGAUGAACUCCGAACUGGGCCUGGGCGCUGUGGCUGGCAAUGCAUUUAUGGGUCUGAUGUUACCCUGGCUGGCAAUGCAUUUAUGGGUCUGAUGUUACCCCGCAUUGGCAGCCGCCUCUGUCUGCUGUUUAUUGCCAUACCACAAUCUUUCUCAUGGCUGCUGAUUUAUUUGGCUGAAAACGAUGAAGAUUUCUCGUACGUACGCUUCUUGGCUGGCAUAUCCGGUGGUUGUAUGUACAUUGCUCAUCCCAUAUUUAUCAGCGAAAUUUCAGAUGCCAAGAUUCGAGGGACUUUAGCAACAAUGGUGAUGCUGUCUCUGAACAUUGGCAUACUUUUCGGCUGCAUUUUGGGCAGAUAUCUUGAUUAUCAAACCAUACCUUUAGCAGUGAUUGUCUUUCCACUCAGUUACUUCAUAUUAACUCUAUUUCUCAUUCGAAAUUCACCUGUGCGUCUCAUACGUAAACGCAAGUUCAAAGCCGCUGAAAAAUCGUUUAGAUAUUAUAAGAAUAUCAAUAAGAACAAUCAAAGUGGGGAAAUGUUGGAGUUUACGCAAAUGCAGCAUACUUUCACGGCUGAUAAGCACCCUGAUGAGCGUCUGGAUAAGCUCAGAAUGAAAGAUUUUUUAACUCGAGCUGCUUUCAAGGCAUACGGUUCAGCUGCAGUUCUCAUUAUUGUUAAUCAAUUUAGUGGACUUCUCGCCAUGGUCAACCAUAUGUCGAAUAUAUUUCAAUUAUCUGGCAGUUCUAUGGAUCCAGCUACUUAUACAAUUAUCCUUGGCGUUAUUCAAAUACUCGGCACUUUUGCAACAACACUUCUCUGCGAUAAGUGGGGACGCCGGAUUCUAUUGAUGGUCUCCUCAGCUGGUGUUGUUUUUAGUUUGACGGUCUUAGGUCUAUUUGAAUACUAUUUACAUUGGUUCAAAAUCAGCGAAUUGAGCUGGGUGCCACUGUUUUUUAUGUCUCUUUAUGUCUUUCUAAGCAACAUUGGACUGGUUGGCUGCUUUUUUGUCGUUCUCAUUGAGAUGUUUCCGCCUAAGAUAACUGCGAGAGCAAGUUCUAUAUCAAUUUUCAUAUGCAAUGCGUUUGUGUUUUUAAUACUUACGUAUUUUCCCUAUUGCAUGAACGGAUGGCAAAUAUCGACUACAAUGUGGUCCUGUGUUGGCGUUAACGCAUUUGGCUUUGUUUACUUUGUCUUUUUUCUCAAGGAAACCAAAGGAAAAUCGAUGCAGGAAGAUUAGGAUUUCAAUAAAAAAACAAAAAUAAAACAUAUAUAUUCC